AUGGUCGAGGAGAUGCUCAUUGCUAGAGUUCACGUACACGUGAAAGUCCUGCAGGUGCGUGGCGCUCAGUAUAAAUAUCGCGGUCACGUUGUCCACUUCCUUCGCAAUGUUGGCAGGCUUUUUGAAGAGCUCCCAGUCCUACCUGAAGAGCUAGAUAUCAUCAUCCUGCGGCCUCCUAAUAUAGAGGGCGACCCUCGCUUCCGGCAACAGUUUGCUCGCGAUUUCCGGCGUCACCACCCGGGCUAUCGCGAUAUUGUUUCCCCCCAGGGCCCCGUUGAGGAGGUUGUGGAAGAGGACCCAAGCGAUGCCGAUGCAUCAGCGAUCCCGAAUUUGCAGGUCACUGAUACCGAAUUGAAUGCUCUGCAGUCCCGAUUUCUUGAUGGGACCCCUAACCCUGAGCGCAUGACUGAUCUGGAGUAUAUGCCGCGUAGCGCGCAGGCUCACCACCAGAUGCCACUGCCUUCCAUUCGCAGGACCCCUAUCGACGAAUUCAACCGUUCUCAGCCGCUUUUAUCGCUUGCGUUCCCUACCCUCUACCCCGACGGCAAGGCCGACUUCGUGGAGCCUCGCCUACGGAGCAUCACGUACCAGGACUACCUUGCCCACGCGAUGAGAUGGCAUGACGGACGUUUUGCCCGCCAUAAGACGUGGCCUUUCGUCGCCCUCAACACGAUGUUACCCGAUUACCACUGGGAAUCCCUAUACCGUCAUAUGCCUCGAUUUGACGAGUGGCAAGCAGCUCCUGAGGCGGCGCGGAUGGCUCUAUCCCGGCAACUGCUACGAGACAACGCCCAUAUUGCUGCUUACCACUUCUAUAAACGUUAUACGCUGUUUAGGACUAUUGUCCUGAAGCAGAAGUUCAACCUAACGGACUCUUGGGGCCGCUACGAGUGGGGCGAGCGGAACGAUGGCCAGAUUAACCAUUACAACCGCUUGCUUACCGUUGCGUGGCUAGCCAAUACAGACGUUUCACCCUGCACGAGUCUACAGCAGGUAAUCGAUUACGCGGCCAAAUACUGCUCAAAGUCGGAAAAGAAGAUUGCUGAGCGGGAUUACUCGAAGCAGGAGGUCAGCCACUUGCUCCUCGGCCUGCCGUUACAGGAAGGCUCACGAACCUGCCUAGGCCCCAACGUUUACGAAAAGUACACUCAACGCCCGGAAGCCCUAGCGGACCUAUGCUAUGUCUCCUUCCUCAAGUGCUGGAAUUUCCGUCCUAGGGACCCUUCCAAGUGGAAGCAAUGGCAGCCAGGCAACGUUAACGGCAGGCCUCGUGUCACCACAGUCAUGGUGAUGACCAUUACGGUCGGCCAAAAGAGGCUCGAUUACAGCCCCAAGAUGAUCAAUAUGAGGCUCUGCCUGUGGAGGAAGAAUUUGACGACGAAGACUGGAUUCGCCUCGCCGCCCUUUUACCUGGGAACCCCCUUACCCAGGAAGAUCUUGACCUUCUUGGCCGCCGCGAUAUCGACGUCAAUUACGACUGGACACGGCAUCCACCCCAUGGCCAACGAUGUGGAGGUCCUUGGCCCUCACUGGCGUAAUACGCUGAAUCCGCAACAACGGCUCGUGUACGACACAUUCAUGGGUCACUUCCAGGCGAAAAAUCCUACUCAAAUCCUUCUCCACGUUGAUGGUGGUGGUGGCACCGGCAAGUCGUUCCUUAUCAAGGUGCUUUCCCUCCCAGCCGACGCAGCCGCCCUUCAGUCCCGCCUACGGCACGUCAAAUACCUCGUGAUCGAUGAAAAGAGCAUGCUGGGGAUUGAGCAGCUCGCGCGGAUCGAUUCCCGUCUGCGACAGGCCUUUCCACAGCGUAGCCUCGAGUUCUUUGGUGGUAUGAGCGUCUUGCUUGUGGGCGAUUUCUUCCAGUUACCACCAGUCCGGCAAAAGCCCCUGUAUUCGACUAGCACCAGCCUGUCUGCGUUGGAAAGGAGAGGGCAUGUGGCCUACCGGUUAUUUGAUCGCACCGUCUUCCUGACCACGGUACAGCGCCAGGCUGGUGAUGAUCAGGCCCAGUUCCGUCAGGCGUUGCAGGAACUGCGUGAAGUCAAGUUAUCCAUACCGUCCUGGAACCUCCUUAGCAGUCGGGUACAGGCCAGGCUAACGCAGAGCGAGGUUGACAGCUUCAAGGCCGCUUUGCGGGUGUAUUCUACAAGGCCAGCUGGCCUAGUUAACGGUGCCCAGGAUCCCCCGGCCGUUAUUAUGGUGGACUUUGAUAGCUACGACGGACCGCCAUAUCUAACAACUAACGAGGGCAGGAAAAUCUCACCCAUCCUCCCAGUCAGGCGAGACUUCCUUGUGGGCAACGAGACCUGCGCUCGCACGCAGUUUCCCCUGAUUGUGGCGUUUGCCAUCACUGUUCAUAAAUGCCAGAGCCUAACGAAGGAUCAAAUAGUUACUGAUCUCGCUACACGCGACUUCCAGGCCGGGAUUAGCUAUGUUGCUGUCUCACGGGUUACGUCGCUGCAAGGCUUACUCCUCGAGGCGCCUUUCGAUCGUCAGAGCCUCUAUAACCACACGCCGACGGAAGGGAUGAAGAUGCGCCUCGCUGACCAACAACGGCGUCAGGGUCAACAGCUGACCGACGCACCAUAUACACCACGCUACCUUGACUAA